AGAAACCGGCGUCCCGUCCCCUUCCCGCCCUGGCGCCUCCCUCCUUCCUACCCAUGAUGGCAAAUUGGCAAUGGCAUGGUCUCACCUCCACCCUUCCUUUCCACUUCCAAAUUUAGCUCCACCGCCCUCACCGACUCCCCCUCCCUCCGCCGCCGGACGACGGCCGGCCGGCCGGCCUCGACGCGGAGGGUUCUUCAUUCCUCGCUCGCGCCGUUGAUCGAUUCCGUCGACCGAUCCCGGGGGUGGGGAUGGACGACCUGAAGGCGAGCCUUGCGCGGCCGAUCCAGCUUGCGGAGCAGGUGAUCAAGUGUGCGGAGGAGGCGCAGACGUGCCGGCAGGAGUGCCAGGACCUCAAGGCCAAGGUCGAGCGCCUCGCCAUCCUGCUCCGCCAGGCCGCGCGCGCCGACCUCUACGAGCGCCCCGCGCGCCGCAUCUUCGAGGACACAGACAAGGCGCUCGACAAGGCCGCCGCGCUCCUCGAACGCUGCCGCGGGCACGGCCUCGUCAGCCGCGUCUUCACCAUCAUCCCCGCGGGCUCGUUCAAGAAAACCUCCUACCAGCUCGACAACUCCCUGGGGGACCUCACCUGGAUCCUCCGCAUCUCCAACUACGCCGCCGCAGAGGACGACCUCGACGACCAUAUCGGCCUGCCCCCCAUCGCGCAGAACGAGCCCAUCCUCUUCCUCAUCUGGGAGCAGAUUGCCGUGCUCCAGACCGGCGGCCUCGAGGCCCGCGCGGACGCCGCUGCCAGCGUCGUCUCCCUCGCGCGCGACAACGACCGAUACGGCAGGCUCAUCAUCGAGGAGGACGGCAUCCCUCCGCUGCUGCGACUCAUCAAAGAGGGCCGCGCCGACGCCCAGGAGAGCGCCGCGCUGGCCAUAGGACUCCUCGGCCGGGACCCGGAGUGCGUUGACCUCAUGAUCCUCGCCGGCGUCUGCACUUCCUUCGCCAAGAUCCUCAAGGACGCGCCCAUGAAGGUGCAGGGCAUGGUCGCCUGGGCCGUCUCCGAGCUCGCCGCCAACCAUCCCAAAUGCCAGGACGCCUUCAUGCAGCACAACAUCAUCCGCCUGCUCGUCUCCCACCUCGCCUUCGAGACGGUUCAGGAGCACUCCAAGUACGCCGUCGCCUCCAGGAUGUCCAUCCACUCCGUGGUUAUGGACAAGAAGAACAACGACAGCUCGCAGCACACGUCGGACGCGGGGGAGACCAUGGAGGCCAAGCCCACCGUAGGCGGGGGCGCCAGCAGCUCCAGCGUACUUGGAACUACGAUCACCGUAGGCGGGGGCGGGAACGGCGGUGCCAGUUCGAGGGGGACAAGCGCCGGGACCACCGCGGUCAGUGUCGCCGGGACGAAGCAGCACAACGCGUCGCUGUGCGGGACGAGCACGCGGGGGAGGGAGUUGGAGGACCCGGAGAUCAAAGCCUACCUGAAAGCCCACGCUGCCAGGGCGCUGUGCACGCUCGCCACGGGCAAUCCCGCCAUCUGCAAGAACAUCACGGAGUCGAGAGCGCUGCUCUGCCUGUCCAUCCUCCUCAAGAAAAGCACGGGCGAUGUGCAGUACAACUCCGCAAUGGCUCUCCUAGAGAUCUGCCGUGUCGCCGAGCAGAACGCCGACCUGCGGCGAUCAGCGUUCAAGCCGACCUCCCCCGCGGCCCGCGCCGUGGUCGACCAGCUCCUCCGCGUCGUGGAGAAGGCCGACUACGACGACCUCCUCAUCCCCAGCAUCACGUGCCUCGGCUGCCUGUCAAGAACCUUCCGUGCGACGGAGACCCGGAUCAUCGGGCCGCUCGUCAGCCUCCUCGACGAGCGGGAAGCCGACGUGAGCCAGGAGGCGGCUGUGGCGCUGACCAAGUUCGCGUGCACGGACAACUUCCUGCACGUGGACCACUCCACGGCGAUCAUCGACCACGGCGGCGCCAAGCACCUGGUCCAGCUCGUCUACUUCAGCGAGCAGGCGGUCCAGACCGCGGCGCUGAUCCUGGUGUGCUACAUCGCGCACAACGUCCCCGACAGCGAGGAGCUCGCACAGGCCGAGAUCCUGACGGUGCUCGAGUGGGCGUGGAAGCAAGGGUACACGGCGCAUGAUCCGUUGAUCGAGAGCUUGUUGCCCGAGGCCAAGAUUAGGAUGGAACUCUACCAGUCCAGAGGGGCAAAAGGGUACUACUGACUAUUGAUGCAACAGUUCUAGUUCUGUUGCAGAAAGGCAAAGGCUUGUUGAGAAGAAAACAGAGUGAUGACUUCUUCAUACCAGCUCAGUACUGUAUAUACAUUCAGGUAAAAAAAAUAUAUAGUCUGAUAUGAUUAAUCUUUUUCUAACCAAACUUAGGUAAGAAAAUUCUUUUGUUAUCAUGUUUUGUUGCGGAAAUUCAAAAGGUUUUGUAGGAUUAUUUUAGUCUUCAUCAUUCUUUAACCUGUAUCUCUUUAAUUUGGUGGCGAACAGUGGUAUAGCCCUUUUUUGAGGAUAUUAGAAUCUUUUACUCUCACUUGACCCUAAUGAUCGAUGUAUAUUAAGUUUUAGCCAUUAACUGAGAAGAACUUCUUUC